CUCUCGUCUUCAUCUCAGGCGGACAGACAGGAUGGCAUUCCCCCGCCAUCUGCUUUCCUGGCUCGCAGCCGUCGUGUUCCUCGCCCAAUGCCAGGCCAAAACUGUGACUUAUGACUUCAAUGUUACUUGGGUCACGGCCAACCCAGACGGCCUGGCCGAGCGAGAGGUGGUUGGCAUCAACGGUCAAUGGCCCUUACCCGUGAUUGAGGUGGACAAGGGAGACCAGCUGGUGGUGAACAUGUACAAUGGACUGGGCGACAAGAGCACGUCCAUUCACUUCCACGGCAUGUACCAGACCAACACCACCGACAUGGACGGACCGGCCCUGGUGACCCAAUGCCCGGUGCCCCCUGGCAGCUCCAUGACGUAUAACUUCACCGUCAACCAGAACGGCACGUACUGGUACCACUGCCACACCGACUAUUGCUACCCCGAUGGCUACCGCCAGGCCUUGAUUGUGCACGACAAUAGCUCCUGGUUUGCCGAUGAGUACGACGAGGACCUGACCAUCACCAUGACAGACUGGUACCACGAGCUCACCCAGGAGAUCGCCCCGACUUUCAUCACCGUUGACAAUCCCACGGGAGCCGAGCCCAUUCCCGACUCGUUCCUCUUCAACGACACCCUCAACACCAAGAUCCCCGUCGAACCAGGCAAAACAUACCUGCUACGCCUGAUCAACAUCGGUGCCUUUGUCGCGCAGUACUUCUACAUCGAGGAUCAUACCAUGCGCAUCGUCGAGAUCGACGGUAUCUACACUGAUGCCGCCGAGGCCGACAUCCUCUACAUCUCUGCUGCCCAGCGCUACUCUGUUCUCGUCACCAUGAAGAACUCCACGGACAAGAACUACCCGAUCGUGACCGUGGCAGACUCCGUCCUGCUCGACACCAUCCCCUCCGACCUCAAGCUCAACCAAACCAACUGGCUGGAAUACAACUCCAGUGCCUCCUUCCCGCAAGCCGUGAUGACCGUGUCCGAUUGCUCCGAUCUGGACCCCUACGACGAUAUGGGCCUCGUUCCCUACGACAGGAUGCCCCUUCUCGAGGACCCCGACGUCUCCCUCGAGCUCACCGUCACCAUGCAAGUCCUCGAUAACGGCGCAGACUACGCCUUCCUCAACGACAUCUCCUACACCAAGCCCAAGGUCCCCACCCUGUACACCGUCAUGUCAGCCGGGUCUCUCGCCACCGAUGCCACCGUCUACGGUGACUACACCCACUCCGUGGUGCUAGACGAGGACCAGGUCGUCGAGAUCAUUCUCAACAACGGCGACACUGGCUCUCACCCCUUCCAUCUCCACGGCCAUGCCUUCCAGAUGGUUGACCGUUUCCCCAGCUACGGAGAGCAUUUCUACGACUACGCUGAUGGGGAUCCCGUCACAUACAACGCCUCCAACCACAGCACCUUCCCAGCCUACCCCCCGCGCCGAGACACCUUCGUCCUGCCGCCGCAGGGAUACUUCGUGAUCCGCUUCAAGGCCGACAACCCGGGAGUGUGGUUCUUCCACUGCCACAUUGACUGGCACUUGGCGCAGGGUCUGGCGAUGGUCUUCAUCGAGGCGCCCCUGGCGAUCCAGGAACGGGUGACCAUUCCUCAGCAGCAUUACGACGUAUGCGAAGCGGCAGGAAUUGCCUAUGAAGGAAACGCGGCUGGAAACACCGAGGAUUACACGGACCUGUCGGGCCAGAACAAGCAGGUCGCUUGGCUACCCGGUGGAUUCACGGCCCGGGGUAUCGUGGCUCUGGUGUUCUCGUGUGUGAGUGCGUUCCUCGGAAUGGGUAUGAUUGCAUUCUACGGCCUGUCGGAUAUCAAGAAGGGGGCACAGGCCCCGACUGCACGCAGAGAGGAGGUGAGAGAGCAUGAAGACUAAGGUGAUCUCUGGUAUUAGGAGGGACCUUUUGUGUUGAUGAUCCUUCUUGUUAUUGCGCGUUUAAUAUCAUGGAUGUCUGUAUAUAGGAGAAGAUCCCUAUGCGAGGGAUACUGGUUUAUGUGUAGGCCGCCACUCUAAUCUUGCAUGUCGCGUCAUAUACCCGAU